AAUGCCUACGCUCGGCCCUUCGCUGCUCUUCGCAGCCGGCCUCACCCUCGGCAUCGCCGGCGGGUACUGGGGCGGUCGCGACAAGAAAGUCGUACCUCCCUACCCGGCAGGUACGCCGCUGCCCCCGCCCCCCGAGGGCGGCCGCGAGCUGCAACGUCUUCCUUUGCCAACGUCGGCUGGGCCUGUUGUGGUCGCGGGCGGGUAUCCCGGUCCGACGUUCGACGUGAUCCGUCGGCAGGCUUAUAUCACCGCGUACGACCGCCGUAUGCGCCACCCAGCCUGGACCGCCGAGCAUCUCACUGCCGAGUCGCUCCGCCGCACUCCGUCUGCCUCCGGUGUCAAGCCUGUGCCGCUUGACCAGGCACGUGCCGCCGACACCGUCCCGGAAAAGGUCGACCGCUCGAAGAGCACAUUCCAGGAGGACAGCAGCGUCCCCGAGCUCUUCCGCGCCAAGCUUGCUGACUACUUCCGCAGCGGCUAUGACCGCGGCCACAUGGUGCCCGCUGCCGAUGCCAAGAUCUCGCAGCAGGCUAUGGAUGAGACCUUCUACCUGACCAACAUUGCCCCUCAGGUUGGCGAUGGCUUCAACCGCCACUACUGGGCCUACGUUGAGGACUUCUGCCGCCGCCUGACUACCAACUUCGAGGACGUCUAUGUGUUCACUAUCCCGCUCUACCUUCCUACCCGUGGUGCUGAUGGCAAGUGGCGUGUGACUUACGAGGUGAUCGGUGAACAGCCAUCGGUCUCCGUCCCGACCCACUUCGCCAAGGUCAUUCUUGCGUCGCGCCCCGACUUCGCGUUCCCCCAGCAGCCUAACCCGUCCAAGCACGAGGUGACCUCGCCCAGCACCAUCAAGGAGCUUGCCAUGGGCGCAUUCAUCCUUCCCAACAAGGAGAUCCCCGACCAGGCCGACCUGCGCACCUUCAUCGCGCCUGUCGAGGCUGUCGAGCGUGCGGCUGGCUUGCAGCUCUUCAACGACGACCUCAAGCAGAAGUCGCGUCAGCUCUGCGCUGUCACGCAGUGCUCGGUGAUCGUCCGUCGCUUCGACGACACGCGCAAGGAGUUUGCCAAGAAGAAGUAGCUUCAUAUCUAGUCAUCGUCUCCUCAAUCGAGCAUCAUAUGCAUGUAGCAUCGCACGAAU